AUGGCUUCAUUAAUCGUCGCAGCUGGAAUUUUGGUGCAUAAUAAAGUCCACGACAAGAAACAGGCCAAGCGAGAGAAGAAACGCCUGGCAUAUGAGGCCCGCUACCGCGAACUGGAAGAGGAGUACGCCAGUCACCAAGAAAAAUUGCCCCGGCAACGUUCAGUCCGAGAGCACCAAUGUGAGCCAAGACACGGAGAGACACUGGGGCCGGAGGAAUAG